GUGUUUCCCGCGCUUCGCGGAGGAGUUGGCAGUUUGUUGUGUGGAAGAGGAGGACUCAAGUCGCGCGAGCGUUCCUCUCCCCGGGCCCCAUCUAAAGUCCUCGGCUUUCAGUUGGACUCAUCUGGAGUGGACAUACGUGCUCUUACCUGAAUUUCCAACCGUCGUUUGCAAGAAGUGAACCAAGAUGGCGGUGUUGAAUCGGUGUUGUUGCUGUCUGAAGAUCAGAACAGGCAGUUUGGUGACAGGCAUAUUUUUCCUGGCCAUCGCCAUCAUUGAUCUGAUUCUGCGCGCUGUUGGACUCGGCAAUGUGCCCGGUGUGUUGGCUGGAGGUAUUGUCUUUGACAUCAUCUUUGCCAUCAUGUGCAUCCUUCUCAUCGUGGGCGUGCUGAAGGACAUCAAAUGGUUCUGCCUUGCCUGGGUGAUAUACGCCGUGGUGUAUCUCAUCAUACUGCUCAUCCUGGCCAUCGUCUAUACCGUCAUGACUGUGGCCGAGUACAUUGAUGAUGACAAAGGUGUGUCUCUCGGUGCCAUGAUUGGUGGACUCGUCAUCAGCUGGUUGAUCGUCACCAUCGUCGUCUCCUUCAUCGUAUACUGCGUCCUGUGCGUGUACUCCCACUACCAGAACCUGCGGGACGGCAUCGUUGAGGGCGACGUCACUGUCACCCGCACUGAGGUAACCAAGACAUAUGUGUAAUCAGCCAAUCACAGACACGCAAACAGGCCAAAGCUUAAGACUCCUCUCGAGUUUUGGAGUGGACGAGGUGAAGAGUUCUCAGCUCACACGAGACCUCGAGAAGUGCCUAUGAAGAUUUUGGUGCUAACAUCAGCUUUAAAGACUUUCGCUUUAGAAAUGAUGAUAUUUUUAACUAAAGGGUCUAUAUCCUAUUUAGGGCAGCUUUCUCUUCGCAACUUUCAAGGUUAAUGUUGUGAUUUUUAUUAUCAGCUUGUUUGUUUGUGUAAGCUUAAUGCUAUUAACAUAUGCAUUAGCCGGCAAAACUAGACUGUAUAUUCUAACAUGUACAAGUAAAAAGGUGAAUUUAUUAUGAUUGGUAAUUACGUAUCUUGAUAUAAAUUGAUGAGUCAUUUACUCGUAUCUCAAUGUAUCAAAAUAUUUCAAAACAGCUUUCGACAAUUGCAAACCGAUUAGAUAAUGGCACUAUAGUGUAUGUACAUUAGACUAUGCGAUGUGUAUACUAUAGACAUGUGUAACUGUAUUGUUCGUAGUUAUGUAUAAAACAGUCUGUUCUCUAUCCGAACACACUGCCUUUUAACCAAAGCUUAAGAAGCGAAGGCUUGAAACACUGUUGCGUUAAACCUAUGCCUAUUGGUUGUAUUGUAUUAUAGUUAUGAUGUAUUUAUACGCUAUUAUUCAUUAGAAUCGUAGAUAAAUGAUACACGUUACAAGUCGAUACUCGCGGGUCAAUCUUAUUAUAUCUUACGGCUCACUGUACUCUACAGAUAUUAUAUCAGAGCUUGGUUGUCUACGUUUUGUAGCAGAUCGUGGCCCUGUUCUAACAGGAAUACUUAAACUUCCAAUGCACUGCACAGAAGUACGGUUGUAUUGUGGAUAUCUAACGGUACAAGUUACAAUAAAUGCUUUUAUUGUGAGUGUUAUUAA